AUGGCGUCUCCCAUCCAUUUCAUCACCGGCAACGCCAACAAGCUGAGAGAGGUCAAGGCCAUCCUGGAGCCCAAGAUCGAGGUCCAGAGCCAGUCGCUGGACAUUGAGGAAAUCCAGGGAACCAUUGAAGAGAUUGCCAACUUCAAAUGCCGCCGAGCUGCUGACCUGGUCAACGGGCCGGUGCUUGUCGAGGACACAGCUCUCUGCUUCAAUGCUCUCCAGGGCCUACCCGGACCGUAUAUCAAGUGGUUCCUGGAAAAGACGGGCCACCAAGGGCUCAACAACCUCCUUGCGGCGUACGAGGAUAAAUCUGCAGAGGCCGUGUGCACGUUUGCAUACUCACCGGGCCCUGGACAUGAUCCCAUCAUCUUUCAAGGACGGACCCCCGGCCGGAUUGUGCCUGCACGAGGGCCUUCAAACUUUGGAUGGGAUCCGGUGUUUGAGUAUGAAGGGAAGACCUACGCCGAGAUGGAAUCCGCCGAGAAGAACCAGAUAUCACACCGUGCUCGCGCCCUCCAGAAGCUUCAGACUUGGUUCGAGAGCCAGCAGGGAACGUCGUCAUGA